AUGUUUGCUUUUAGGAGCAUACGAUCUCAAGGGAUAAAAUUUCCUCCUAUAUGGAAACGAAAGUUUAGUUCGCCUUUGAAUCAAGCUCAAAUUUCAAGAAUUUGUUUAAAUCAAUCGUUAUAUUAUAAAACAAGAAAUUAUACAACACAUCAUAAAAAACCAAUCAAAGAUAGCAUAGAUACUAUAGAGCCAAACACAAAGUCAAAAGAGUUAUUGGAAUCAAAUCAAAUAAGGUCUACCCCACCAGCAAUAAGUACACCCAAAUCUAGGAAAGAUGAAUUAUUAGCUAAAACAAAUAAUUUUAGUCAAAGAUUAUAUAUAAGGUUAAAAUGGAUCUUAAAAAGAAGUAUGAGACCUUUUAAUGUUGAUGAUUUUAGUGCGUUCUUUUCAUGGUUAGUUAUGGGGAAUCUAAUUUUAAUUUUAUUAGGUACUACAACUUUUGCAUCUUUAAUUAUUUAUUUAAUGAAUACUGUAUUUGCUCAAGAAUUAGUUGCUCAAACAUUGGGGAAUUUCAUUACAAAAAACACUGGAAUGACUGUUAUUUUUGAAAGUGCUAUUGUACCAGGUUGGAGAGAUGGUAAAAUUUCAUUUAAUAAAUGUUUUGUCUCUAAAAGACCUAAAAAUGGGAAUAAAAAUAAAUUUGAAAAAGGUUCACAAGCUGAUGCUAUUGCAAAAGCUGCCUCAAAAAAUGAGGUAGAAGAUCAAGAACCUAUAGAUGAUGGUAACUAUACUCAAUUUGAUUUGACAAUUGAUCAAGUUAAUAUUUCAUUAUCUGUUAGUAAAUUUGUUAAUGGGAGAGGGAUAUUAGAUGAAGUUGAAGUUAAUGGAAUGAGAGGUAUAGUUGAUCGUACACAUGUUCAUUGGGAUCCUGAUGAUGAUGCAAGAAAUUAUAAAAAUAUUCAUAAACCUGGUGAUUUUGAAAUUGAUAAUUUUAAAAUGAAUGAUGUAUUAUUUACAUUAGCUCAACCAAAUGGAUUUAGACCUUUUAAUGUUAGUAUUUAUAAUUGUGAUUUACCUGUACUAAGGAAAAAUUGGUUAUUUUAUGAUUUUUUAAAUGCAAAUAAUAUAUCUGGUGCUUAUGAUGAUUCAUUAUUUACAAUUCAUAAACGUCAAAGAAUUAAUGAUUUUAAUAAUUUGGAAAAGGGCCCAGAUUCAAACGAUCUUGGUUGGAAAAGAGUUACAAGAUGUAGAGUUGAUGCCUUAAAUGUUGAUCAUUUAAAUACAGGUCUUGAAGGACCAUUUGGUUGGAUUACAAGUGGUGACGUUGAUAUGAUUGGUGAUAUUAUGGUCCCUGAAGAUCAACAAGUUAAUAUGACAGAAAUUGUCUCUACAAUUGCAGAUAGUUUUGCUAGAGAGGCAAGAAGAGCUAAGAUACUCAAACCUAAAAAGAAUGAAGAUGAUCAUGAAGAUGAUGAUUCAAAUGAUUUUUCAAAAUAUUUUAUAAUGGAUUUACAAAUUAAAUUAAAUAAUGUUAAAGCUGCAGUACCAAUCUUCACAAAUGAUUUAUCAUAUGUUAAUAAUGCAUUGAUUAGACCUAUUGUUGGAUAUAUAAAUUCAAGAAAGACUUAUAUUCCAAUAAAUUGUCGAAUUGUUAAGAAAUUAAAAGAUUUUGAUGGAAGUUGGACCGUAUAUGAUUCUUUAUUAAUGGAUGAUAUGAGUAUAGAAGUUUAUGAUGCAUUUGCAAACUAUGUGGCAAAUGAAGAAGUUAGAACUUUAAGAAUGAAAAGAGUUGGUUUUUGGACAUUACAAGUUAUUUUCCAAGCUUUAUUAAUGAGUUUAGGUGCUAUAGCUUGA